GGCGGAACUAUCAAAACCGAAAGUAUUUGGCGGAAGCAAUUGGCUGACGGAGCUUGCCGAAGGAAUACGGGAAGUGCCGAGGAGAUACGGAAAGUGCCGAGUCAACGCGGAAGACAGAAAAACUUACAUGGCAGAUGCAGGCAGACAAGCGCUGAAAGCUGAAGAACGCGAUCGCUGCAUUAAUAAACACUUGCGAUUGCAAGCUUAAAGUUUAAAGCUGCAGUGAGUGAGAAAGGGGAAGCACAUCAGCACUUAGUCAUCUCAGGGACACUGAUGGUUAUCAACCUAUUGCUGCCUAUUCGGAAAAAUUGAAAAUACAAAUGCUGAAACAGUUUUGGAGUUGUUCCCUGUGUCCCCUGUUAUUGGCUGAAGCUUUUUCGAGUUAAUAGCAGAUACUGAUGUGUGAAACCCAUAAUAACUCGACAGUUGAUAACCAAGAGUGUAGCAGCUGGACAUAAAGAUCAACGGCUUUGUGACGUCCAAAGACAUAGUUCUGCUGACACGAAGUUAAAGAAAAUUCAAGGAAAAUGGCUGAAGAAGCAUUAGGAAAAUCAGUUAAGCAGCUGAAAAAGGAAAGAACCACUGCUAAAAGCAGCUUCACCAAACAAGCUAACUUUCUCUGUAGAGAAGCACACCGACUUAUAGAAUCAGAGCUAAAAGAAGAAUUCAAAAAGCUUUCUUCUGGAGCAAGAAAAGUUUUUGAAACUAAUGAUGACUAUAAAGCUGGAUUAAUAGCAGAGAUUGAAGCUAAUGAAGAUGAUACAGAGGUACAACUUUCAGCACAGCAGGAAGCUGACUUUAAAAAAGCUGUAGAAGACUGUAACGCAAAGUUUGACGAAGUAACUGAGAUAGUACAAGAUAAUCUCUGGAAAAGAUAUGGACAAAGUGAUGUGUUAACCACAAUUUCAACAGCUGAGAAAGCCUGUGAUCGUACAGCCGCUAUGCCUGUCGAUGGCUCUGGAUAUGAAAGUUAUGAAGUACAACUGGAGCUCUUGAUGAGACUGGUGAAAGAAGCAACUGGAGCUUUGCUGAAAUGGGAAAGAUGGAUUCCCGCACCUGAAAGAAAGGAUCUUGAAAGUCAUGUUCGCAAACUGAAAGAGUGUAGCAAUGAGCUCGAAUCAAGGAAAGCUGAAUUCGCUUGGGCCCGAAGAGCUGCUGAGGAUGCACAAGCAUUAGACACGAGUAUGACAAACAAUCCAAACAUAAUGGUACCUGCAGGACAGAUCAUGCCAGUGGUAAAAAUUAAACCAACAAGUCUACCUAAAUUCAGUGGUAAUAAAAGAGAUUACUAUCGUUGGAAGAGAGACUGGGAAAAUCUCCAGAAGCAAGGUGAGCCCACUGGAUCUGUUGAAGUGAAAAAGAUUCAGCUAGUGGAUAGCGUGGAUGACAAGAUCGCAAAAGAGCUCAGGUUAUCUUCCUACAACACUGCUGCUGACAUAUUCAGGGUGUUAGACAACAGAUAUGGUAACAAAAUCACAAUUGCCAUGGAAAUUGUGGAGGAACUGGAGAGAAUGCCAGCUUUGAGAGGAAAUCAACCAAGAAGGGUUAUAGAAUUAAUCCAAAUGGUGGAAAAAGCCCUGGCUGAUCUCACAGAUCUCGGAAACGUUGGUGCAAUAAAGAAUCCCCUUGUGAUAAAAUCCAUUGAAAGCAAGUUACCUGAACUCGUGAAACGAGACUGGCUCGUCUAUAUGACAGAUCCUGCAAAUAACAUCACACCAGACAAACACUUUGAUGAGCUGUUACAAUUCCUUCAGAAACAAGAGGAAGUCCUUGAAAGGCUAGAACAACUUAAAAUCUCAGAAAGAAUUGACAAACCAGAGAAAAAGUUUGAAAGGAACUAUGCUUUUACUAGAACAACAAAGAAAGACUCCAUAGAAGCUGGGUGCAUCGUAUGCGGGUCAGAGAAACAUAGAGACAGGAUUUUCUUCUGCAGAAAAUUCAAAGACUUGAAGCUGACAGAGAAGAAGUCUAUCAUCAGGAAACUAGGAGCAUGCAAAAAGUGCUUGGGAGUUCAUGAGGAUGACAACAGGUGCAGUGAUAACUACCUUUGCAGGAGCAAAGAUUGCAAAAGAGGAGACUUCUCAGACCACCAUUACUUCCUCUGUCCAAAAUGGGACCUCAAGAACCUGAAUGGAGGGAAAACUGUCAGUAAAGAUAGUAGAAAAGGAAGUGCAUUGACUAUGGAGCAGGAAAAUUUCCUGGCUGAACUGUCACCAGAAUUGGCAGAGAGGUGCAAAAAAGCAUUCACCAACAAAGUUAAGAUGAUAAACUGCUCAGGAAAUGACCAGCAGGGAUUGGUUGGCAAAAGUGGAUUAAAGGAGCUUCCUGUUAUUAUGAUGCUGAUGGAAGUAACCACGAAUGCAGGACAGAAGAUUGGUGCUUUGAUAGAUCUGGCUUCUGAUACAAACUACAUCACCCAUGAAGCUGCUGAAAGACUAAAGCUGAGAGGCGAAAAAAUCACUCUAGUGGUUCAUGGAGUUGGCAAGAUGGCGAUCAGAGUAAGCACAAAGAGAUACCUCCUGAGGAUUAGAGUCAAAACUCCUGAGGGGACAGUGAAAGCUCAUCAGUUGAUCUGCUAUGGCUUGGAAGAAAUUGCCAAAGUUCAUAGAAUUGUAAGUGAAGAGAAACUUAAAGAGUUCUUUCCAGAGGUGGACUUAAAAGAACUGAAAAGACCAGGAAAAAUAGAUCUUCUCAUCAGUCAUCGAGAGGGCAGACUUGCUCCACAAAGAGUGAAGAUUGUUGGGGAUCUUGUCCUGUGGGACAGCCCACUGGGGAAAACAGUGGCUGGAGCACAUCCUGAUCUGUUGGAGGUGGUGGAUAUGGCUGCAUAUGAGUCCAAAACACAUUUUGCUCGGUCCAUGAGAACAGCUGCAGCCAGGUAUGAAGAAAUCCUAGGAAAAGCAGAAAGACCAGCAAUCACUGUUGCAAUCCAAGAAGGACAGCGCCCGAGAAGUUCACUAGCAAGCAACCGGGAGUUUAUUGACUGGUGGAAAUGGGAUAGUAUUGGCACAGCCUGUGAGCCAAAAUGCGGAGGAUGUCGCUGUGGAAAUUGCCAGCCUGGGGGAAAGGAGAUGACCCUAGCAGAAGAAAGGGAGCUAGAGAUCAUAAGAGCGGGUCUCACUUAUGUUGAAAAGGAUACUCACAGCACAGCUCCACACUGGGAUACAAAGUAUCCAUGGAUUCAGGACCCAGCUACACUUCCGUACAACAAAAGUGGAGUAGAAGCUGCUUUCCUCAGAACAGAGAAGCAGCUAAAGAGGGUACCAGAAUGGCAAGACGUUUAUGCAACUCAAGUCCAUGAUAUGGUGAAAAGGGGUGCAGCAACAAAGCUUACUAAACAAGUUAUUGAGGAAUGGAAUGGACCUGUUUGGUAUGUUAGCCACCUAGUAGCACCAAAUCCACACUCAACUACUACGCCAGUGCGACUUGUCUGGAACAGUAGUCAGAAAUUCAAAGGGCUAAGCAUGAAUGAUCUUCUGUUGAAAGGACCAGAUGUACUCAACCCAAUCAGAGCUGUCUUGCUAAGAUUCAGGAAAGGAGUAUUUGCUGCUCUUGGAGACAUAAAAAAGAUGUACAAUUCCGUAUGGCUGGAAGAGCGUGAGGUUCAUCUUCACAGGUUUCUUUGGAGAGACACUCAAAAUGAGGAAAUAAGUGAGUACGCUAUCACCAGAGUUAACAUUGGAGAUCGUCCUGCUGGAUGCAUUGCACAGUUAGCUAUGCGUGAGACAGCCAGACUGGCAAAGUUUGCUCAUUUAAAAGAAGAAUGCAGAGUCCUUGAGGAGGACAGUUAUGUGGAUGACAUCCUUACAUCCCAUAAUUGCCAAGAGAGGCUGAAAGAAAUAACAAAUGGGCUAGAAGAGAUUCUAGCAGCUGGCGGAUUUGCACUGAAACCAUGGGUUCGGUCAGAGCAAAGUGGGAGGAAGCAAGCAGUUGAUCCAAAUCAAGUUCCUAAGGAAUCAAUCUCUCAAUCUAAAACAAUCAUACUACCAAACCAGCUAAGAGAUGAAGACAACAAGGCUUUAGGCACAGGAUACUUGGUAGAGGAGGAUAAGCUGUACAUCAUGGCUUCCAUUAAUUUCUCAGUGAGAAAGAAGAAAAUGAGAACAGGUCAGAACCUCUUGAAAAGUAAGGUGAGACUGAGAACACCAAAUCCUUUGACCAGAAGGCACCUGCUAAGCCAAGUUGCUGGCCUCUAUGAUCCAAUUGGUCUUGUUACCCCUGCCAAGCAGAAAGGUGCUAUUCUUGUCAGAAAAGCUUUCCAGGAGACAGGAAAGGGAAGUCUAACCCGUGAGACAUGGGACACGCCACUUUCUGAAAACCUCAGGGAAGAAGCCAUCAGAUUGUUUGAGGAGUAUGUACAGCUUAAUCAGGUCAAGUUCCACAGAAGUCUCACACCUCCUGGCUGGAAAGGAAAACCCUGGGGAAUCACUUUUUCAGAUGGUAGUGAUAAAACAUAUGGAGCUGUAUUGUACCUAAGAUGGAAUACAGACCAGGGGAUAGACGUCAGACUAGUUGAAUCCAAAGCAAAACUAACACCACUAGACCAGAAAGGAGAUGCUGUGAAGGCUGAAAUCUGCGGUGCAGUUUUCGCUGCACGUCUCAGAAAAUACUUUGAAAAGCAUGGACGGAUGGAAGUGGAGCGUUGGUUUCACCUGGUAGACAGUCAAACCGUGCUGGGGGCCAUUCAGCGGGACAGCUAUGGCUACCAAACCUUCUUUGCAAACAGAGUUGGAGAAAUCCAAAAGUCUGGAUCAGUCAGUGACUGGUGGUGGAUCCCAGCGGACUUUAAUAUCGCUGACAUCAUUACUAGAGGAGGCACUCCUGAAGAUCUUGCUGAAGAGUCCGAAUGGCAGGAGGGACCACAAUUCCUCAGACUUUCAGUAGAGGAGUGGCCAAAGAAAUCAGCUGCAGAGGUUGCUGCUGAUGCAAAGGAGAAUGUUAACAAACUUCAAAGGAAAACGUUCUCAGCAGUUCUGACAAGAUCUCAAACAAAGGAGAACCUGACAGAAGCAGAGAAAGAAAUUCCUGAAGUUUCAGUUCUUGAGGAUUCCGUCAAUGUUGUUUCCGACUCUGACAUCUGUAAGAAUGAAAAAAGACCAAACUUGCCAAAAGGAACACCUGGUGACUUAAUUAUUAAGAAACUAGUGAAUGUGGAAAAGUACAGCAAUUUAAGUAAAAUAGUCAGAGUCGUCUGCUGGGUUUGGCGUGCUGUAAAAAAGUGGCUAGGAUUCAGGGAUCAAGACUCAAUAGAGGGGAAUAGAAAAGAAGUGUUGCAAAACAAGAUCAAGCAAACAAUGCUCACUGUGAAAGAGGAAGAAUAUAUUCUGAAAGAACUCUUUCUGGCAGCCCAACAGGGUGUGACUUUUCCUGACACUACACUUAGCAGACUGGCUGUGUAUAGAGAGGACUCAGGACUCUUGGUUUGUGGUGGAAGAAUCCAGAUCUUUAAUGAAGAAAAGAUUGCGGUCCCAAUUUUACCUUGCAGUGCAUGGGUGUCCAUGUUACUAGCCCAAGAAGCCCACAAUGCAAAUCAUGAAGAGGUAGCAGGAACACUUCUAAGAAUGAGGAAAAAGGCGUGGGUGAUUAAAGGUCGGAGACUAGCCAAGAAAGUAGUAGACAGCUGCGUGAUCUGCAGGAAGGCAAGAGCAAAGAGAUGUGAGCAAAUCAUGGCAGACCUUCCUCCUGAAAGGACAGAGCCAGCAGCACCCUUUGCAUACACAACUGGACCUGUUUGGACCAUACACAGUAAAGGACGAAGUUAG